GUGGAAAUUGGUGUAGUUGACAAAAUUGCUUAUACGCAUCAACUUCUUUCCUUGUUUAUGAAUGUAUUCGCAUCUCCGUUCAUUGGCGCUGUCGGUGCGAAAAUAGUAGCCUGGAUAAUUUCAAAACUGAAAGAAAAUAAGAAGAGACAGGCAUUCAUUUUAGUGUCGGUUUAUGGUAUUUUCAUGCUAUGCGAGAAGUGCUCUGGUUCUCCAGCACUAGGCAUAGUUGUGUUUGGAAUCAUGUUGAACUCAUACAGGGAAGACUUUGCUCCGGAAACAACAGAAAUGGCUCUUGAAUUGUGGGCAGCAAUGGGGUACUGGGCAAACAAUGUGAUUUUCAUAUUUGCGGGGUUUUGCGUAGGUACUGGAAUGUUUACUGAGAUUGAUGGAGACGGGAAUUACCUAGAGAUUAGUUACGAAGACCUUUCCAUAUUCGUGGAAGGAAUGCUGCUAGCACCAACUUCAAGUUGA